ACAACACAGAGAACAGCUUGCCGAAGGCGAAGGCGUAGAGCAAGCUCAAUGGUGGUUUGCUUCACUGCAGCCUAGUGCAGGUGUUGAGUUUUGGUCCCUACCAGUAGAAGCUAGCCUUUGUAAACCCUUCUUUGUUGGCGAUGAGUGAGGGAUCUGAAAAUCAGCCUGGCCUAGAUGGGGAGGAGAGCGUCGAGGUGGAACAGAUGCAGGAGGCCACCGGGCCCAGCAAAAUCAUUCAGAUUGGAGCCGAGUCGGCCGGCUUUCAGCGCAUCCCCCCGCCGCAAGCUGAAGGUUCCAGCAGUCCAGAAGCGCAGCGCUGUUCUGCCUUCUCUCCAGUACAGUCCGCUGUAUCGCCGACAAGUACCAGCUGCCCAACUGUAACCAUAGUUCCCGAUGCAGCGGCAGUGUCCUCGCCGUCAAAAACUGGCGCCGGUGAGCCGGUGCGACGGCAAACACGCCUGCGGGCAUCAACACUGCGACAGAAUGCAACAUCAUCCGCUUCCACAGUGGAGAUGCCAAGUCAGCCAUCCUCCUCGGUGUCUACAACGCAUGGUGGGUCUGAAUCGCCCGCAAAACGAUCGCGAACUCGCAGUGGACGCAUUGCAGACACGGCACCUGUCCUGGAAAGCUCCUCACCUACGAGAAGAAUACAGUCGAGAACGCCUCCAAACAACUCACCUAUCUCCACGGCUAGAAAGCGAAACAAUGCUUCUAAUACAACAACUCGUGGUGUGGCCUCUAGCACGGUAUGCCCAACGCCACCCAAAAAGCGCGUGUCUCUGCGCAGUAGCUCACGCACUACUGCCCUGAGUAGCCUGACCAACAACAGCAGUGCUGCGGGCAGUGCUAGUAUCACACCAAGUCAGCCGGUAGUAGCAGCACCAGUAGCAGGGCGUAAGCCGUGCGGAAUGUGCCCGGAGACCUUCAGCACAGUUCUGGAGCUGAUCGGGCACAUCUCCACCGUGCACGCUGAUGAUCCUGCCACCGGGGAGGCUCCGAGCGUGGCUGCUGCGAGCACCGACUCAGCAGCUGCGGCACGGGCGACUUCUCCGCGGAAAGCAACGUCGUCACUUCGAGCUGUAGCUAGCACAACAGCUACCUCAUCGUGUACACCCGUGUCUAGCAGAACAGGUGCACCGUCCAUUGCUAUCGCUAGAAGGGUGGCUGCAACAUCCGUGCCAGUAGCUACAAGGGUGGCUGCAACAUCCGUGCCAGUAGCUACAAGGGCGGCUGCAACAUUCGUGCCAGUAGCUACAAGGGCGGCUGCAACAUCCGUGCCAGUAGCUACAAGGGCGGCUGCAUCAUCCGUGCCAGUAGCUACAAGGGCGGCUGCAUCAUCCGUGCCAGUAGCUACAAGGGCGGCUGCAUCAUCCAUUGCUGUCGCUAGCAGGGCAGCUGCAACAUCCACAGCAGUACCCACACAUGCUGCUGCAUCAUCCACAGCAGUACCCACACAUGCUGCUGCAUCAUCCACAGCAGUACCCACACAUGCUGCUGCAUCAUCCACAGCAGUACCCACACAUGCUGCUGCAUCAUCCACAGCAGUUGCUACACGGGCUGCUGAAGUUGCUACUAGCACAGUGACGUCCCCAUCCACAGCACUGGUUGUCGACGACGAGGCGGUCGAGAGCAUGGAUGAUGGAAACGAUUCAGACUACUUGCCAACGCUAGAGGACGAAGACGAGAUUGCUGGUGAGGCCUUGUCAGCCGAGCAGCUACGCGAGGAGCAUGACAUGCUCCGUGACGACGCAGACGCAGACCAAGAUUCAACAUUCUCCUUUGUUGAUCAUGAUGGUGAUGAGGAUGGUGGCGGUCAGAGCACUGGUGGACACGCGGACACAAGUCCAUCUGCACAAGCCCUGUACGCCUCUCAGCGAGCGAUCAAUGCACAGCUGUAUCCGCGGCAGGCGGACGGCAAGUUCCACUGCACGCAGUGCGACGCCAAGUUCUUGCGGCGCUCAUAUCUCGUCGGCCACGUUCGCAUCCACACGGGCGAGCAGCCGUUUGAGUGCGACCUGUGCCCGGCCAAGUUUAGCCGCCGCCACGCCCUGGCCUAUCACAAGAUGACGCACUCGGACGAGCGGCCGUUCCAGUGCGCGACGUGCGGCAAGCAGUUCCGCCUGCGCUCCGUGCUGGCCAUCCACGAGAGGACGCACCUGGAGCGCUCGGAGCGCCAGGAGUACCCGUGCGAGGUGUGCGGCAAGAAGCUGAUCGACCGCACCAGCCUGUCGCACCACAUGGCACUGCACAACACCGAUCAGGUGCACGCCUGCUCGCAGUGCGACAAGACCUUCCGCAUCAAGUCCUACCUGCACAACCACGUCAAGAGGCACCAUCCGACCCAGGACACGCCGCCGCGGCCCACCUACGCGUGCACGCAGUGCGACAAGGUCUUCAAGCGCAAGGAGGCGCUCACUUGCCACUUCCGGCACCACACCGGCGAGAUGCCGUUCGAGUGCCAGUUCUGCCACAAGAAGUUCAUGCUGCGCCACUCACACGCCAUGCACGAGCGCAUCCACACGGACUCGCGGCCGUGCAAAUGCCGCUACUGCGAUCAGACGUUCCGCACGAGCAGCAGUCGCUUGGUGCACGAGCAGCAGCAUCUGAGCGACGAGCAGAAGCGCACGUACUCGUGUACGGAGUGCGACAAGACCUUCUACAGCUCCAGCUCUCUUAGCAAGCAUCGCAAACUGCACAGCGGCGAGAAGGAUCACAAGUGCACGGUGUGUGGCCUCAGCUUUGCUCUGCAGGGCUACCUCCGGCAGCACAUGAAACUGCAUGACCCAGCGCAGCUCUACACAUGCGAGGAGUGUGGACUGACCUUCAAGCGCCGCGACUACCUGAAAGAUCACAUGGUCGUGCACAGCGCGGAGCGGCCGUUCGCUUGCGAGCACUGCCCCAAGACGUUCCGUCGCAAGGACGGUCUGCAGGUGCACCUGCGCACGCACACCGGCCACCGACCGCACCAGUGCGACCAGUGUAACAAGACGUUCUGCAACUCCAGCGCUCUCAUCGUGCACAAGCGUACGCACACCGGAGAGAAACCAUACACCUGUCCGGUGGAGUCGUGCGGCAAGUCGUUCGCGGACAGCAGUAAUUUGAUCCGGCACCGUCGUAUUCAGCAUAAUAUCACCGCGCCGCUACGGCGUACGUCCGAUGUCAUCGUCGAUACGAACCGGGCCGAAAUCCCGGAGAGUGUCGAUGUCGAUCUCGCCUUGCAGCAGGUACCGGCUGGCUUAUCAACCACUGUUGCUGCCGGUGAUGCUACUGCUUCUGCUGCUGUCACUACAGCUACUUCCUCUGUUUGUCACAGUGCUACUCCUGUUGCUACAGCUGACACUGCUGCUACUCCUGUUGCUGCCACUACUGCUUCUGCUGUCCCGUCUGCUACUUCCUCUGUCGCCCCUGCUACCUCCUCUGUUUGUGGUGCUACUGUUGCUGCAGCUGACACUGCUGCUGCUACUGUUGCUACAACUGACAUUGCUGCUGCUACUGUUGCUGCAGCUGACACUGCUGCUGCUACUACUGUUGCUGUCACUACAGCGGAUGUUGUAACUACAGCGGAUGUUGCCACUACAGCGGAUGUUAUCACUACAGCAGAUGUUAUCACUACAGCAGAUGUGGUCACUACAGCCGAUGUUGUCACUACAGCGGAUGCUGUCGCUACUGAAGUUCUUUCCGUUAUGGCUGAUACCGUUGUUACUGCUUCCACUGCUGCUGGCGAUCACGUCUCCACUGAUUUAGCAUGUUCUAUGGUGGGUGCUCCAAGCACGAGCGCUCCUCCUGCCUUGCCCAUUCCCAUACUGCCUGUCAUCAGCACUACGAUGUUGUCUCAGUCCCUGUCCAGUGUUGCCGACACCACUCAGUCGCCGUUCACCGCUUCCAUUGCCUCCGCUGGCAUCGACCUGUCCGCGCUGGUGGCCGCGGCAGAAACAGCAGCAGCUGCGGUGGCGGCGGCGGCAGCAGCAGCUACCACAACAGCAGCGUGCACCACCAACCUGCCUGCUGAAGGUUCAGUAAUGCCGUCAGACCAAUAGCAGGGCAAACAUUGAAUUUCUUCAAGGGCACCAUGCUUGAUUUCCGGCUUGCACAUAUGCUCUUAGUUAGCGAAAAAUUACUUGUAGCACAAUGAAUAGAGUGAGUUGUGCACUCAGUACAAACACUUAACACCAUAAAGCAAAAAACUACGUGUCAUACUUGUUCCGCUAAUGCUUUCGAUUUACCGAAGCUUUUUGUUAAAUCCUCUUGAGCUUUUCCCAUCUGGCAGUUUGUCUCCCAAGAUCACUGGAACAUGUGUGUCGUUACAUAGAGAUAGAAACCAUUUUCGUACUGCCCUCUCCUAUUAUUAGUAUUAGAUGGCUGUACCUUGUGUAGUAAUGGAGAUACCCUCACAUACUAGUACAUGACAAUGACUGUAUAGGCAUGCACAGGUUACCAGGUCAGUCCAACAUUAACUUUGUAUGUUUGCUGUGGUAUUACAAUUGAAAUGUGCAGUCACGUUCAUGGAUACUUUUAGAAUGUAUUACCUUUUUUUCUUCUGUUUUUGUCGCUUUGCGCUCCACCAGGUGGAGCUUGUGGUUUCCCUGUACAAAUCCAGUACUGUGUAAAAGUCUGGGAGCUGGAGGAACUGUUUGAACCAA